AACGUGAAAACAACAUAUUUUGUCGGAGUCUACUUAAGAUUAGCACAAUUUCAAAGGAAUAACUUAAUUUUCACUUUGACAUCCUUUUGCUGAUCUUUUUUUACGUUAAUUUUUGCAAAUUAUUGUAGUUCUAGCCUCCAACACACGACACAUAGAAUGGUACAGCUUUAGCUCCUGGAUUGGGUCUGGCAGGCCUCGAAAGCUAUUAUGAGCAAGGCAUAAUCCUUCAACACUGAUUACAGGACAUUGUGGGGUUGCAAAUGCCCUUGGGAACUUUGGUUACUGAUCAUGCAAUGUCCUUUGCGAUAAAAUGGAGGCCAAUGAAAGCCAGCAUUGUUACUCUAUGUAGUAACGUGGAUUGUCAUGUUGGGAAGCAACUUGGAUGGUUUUCAAAAAUCAAAUUUGACCCCCAAAUCUGGUGGAAAUCUGAGAUAGUGGAUGCCUUCACCUCGACCACUCUUGGAACACCGUCCUGAGAGGCUUGGUGAUCAAUUGCAAGCUGAGAAGCCCAAAUACAUUGAAGUGUACUCUCCUUCUGAUAUCUAUUUGUCAAGAGCCCCUCGCGAUAGGGCUGGUAAAACCAGGGUCCACUCUUGUUGGAAACAUCACCUUUCUAGAGUAAAUGUCCGGCUCCAAGUUGUUCUUCACGGACCUGAGCCCAGUUUUUUAAAGCCAGGGGGUGAACCUUAGAUCGAGAAAAGAUCCAACUUUUGUAGUUUAGUCCGACCUUUUCUCGAUCUAAGACUCACUCCUGCACUUUAAAGAGUUGGCCUCUGGAAUUUACAACGCCAUAUUGUCCUUUCCUUUAUCCCUUCAAGAAAGUGAUGAUCACGUCUCAUUUUUUGGCUCCCAGCAAACUUACAUAAUUGGGCAGAUUUGACAAGAUCUGUUUAAUGUAAAGCACAACCUGCUUUGCCGAAAUCAACAUUUUCAUAACUUUCCUUUCCAUAACUCCUUGUGCUCUCUGUGAAUAAAAUUGAAUAAAUAAAGAUUUACAUACACUUUCUACAUACUCGUACAUAACCCAAAAGAAAACCCUCGAUCAAUUACGGGAAUAAAAAUAAACCGAAGGCCGAGCUCAUUUUUCAUUUUGUUGAUAAAUUAUACUUCUUGGUUACGAAAAUGAAUAACUGGGAACUCGGCUAUCCUACCCAAUAUUUCCUCGAAGAUUUAUGAUUGUCGUUUAGAGCUCAAAAGAGUCAAUCAACAUGUAAGCAUGUCAAGUAAUUAAUCCAAACAGAAACAAAAUCUUGUGAGUAAUUAGUGUUUAGUUCCAUUUGUGUGACUCACAGUUUCUUCUCGUCUUUUGAAAUAUUUACAACUGCUGGUCAUGCGGAUCAUUUCAAGUAUUGCGUUGGCAAUAUUCUUUGGCUCAAGUUUGGCAACCUUUCGGACGGAACAUUAUUCGCCUUCAUUCUUUGAACCUAAAGCCUUCACUAAAACUCAGGAGGUGGUUUCGGCAAAGACCUUGAAUCAAUGUGCCGUUUUUUGUGCCAAGCAAGGCAAUACAAAAUGCCUAGGUUUUAGUUGGGACGACCACAUUUGCUCGUUGGGAGUUCUUAGUGCCAAUGCGAAGCCAGGCAACUUGAUGGUUUUUGCCAAUCCUGCUCGUCAUCCUUGGGAUCCUACAAAGACCAAACCAAGUGAUGCUACAACAAAAGAAGAGGAUCUUACUUCAGAUCUUAUAACUUCCCCGAAAACAUCCCCUACGCCAGACAUUGUUCCUACGACUUCAAAUGCCAUGACAGUCGCUCAAACUUCAACCAUCGAUCCACUUGGAACUCCCAUUGUUGAAAGUUCUGAGGCGACAACAAUAAUUGAGAGUGAGAUGCCUGCUCUAGCUACAGUUCCGAAAUACCCUUUUGUCUGUUCCCAAAUCGAGACUGAGUAUGUCGAUUUCGACAUGAAAUAUUGCAAUCAUUUCGAUAGCAAAGAGGAAAACAUCAUCACAGAUUGCCGUUCGAAAGGGUUGGUUGGGCUCAGUGUGGAAGCUGGCCAAAAUAUUCAUAUAGAGUUGAGGACACCCAAACACUUUGAUGCAUUGGUGAUUGAAUUUGAUGGAGGAUUUCCCGAUGUGAUCAAGCUGCAAAGACAAGAGGGUGCGGACAUUAGCUCUAAAAGCUCAAAAGGGUCGUCGGAAUCAAAGGAGUCAAAGGGGUCGUCGAAGUCAAAGGAGUCAAAAGAGUCAAAAGAGCCACAGGAGUCACAAGAGUCACAAGAGUCACAAGAGUCAAAGGGGUCGUCGAAGUCAAAGGAGUCAAAGGAGUCAGAAGAGCCACAGGAGUCACAGGAGUCACAGGAUUCGAAGAAGUCAAAGGAGUCAAAGGGGUCGUCGGAGUCAAAAGGAUCAACGGAGAUAACAUCAGACGAGCUCGUUGAGACAUUGGAGUCAGGCCUUUAUUCAAUGAAUCGCCACCAACUCGAGGGGAAGAAACAUAUUUAUAUUGGGUCUGACUCUUUCCAAGUGGGGGAAUCUUUCGCCUUACAAUUUGGCAACAUGGACAAGCCAGGGACAAUUGUAUCUAUACAAUUCAUAGAUAAAUGCACAAAAAAGGCCGAAUUUGAUAACUACAUUGAAGACACUUUUUUUGAUUGCAACAACAGCGACAAAAUUGAAGGCGUUGAUGGUACAAUCUCGUGCCAAAGUUUGGAUUGCUCAGCGAUGUUAGAUGACAAACUCAUCACUGGAUUUACAUUGCCUCAAACGUCAGUUCAGUUCACCUUUGGAAGCUCUAACAAAGAUGUGCGUUCUGUAUUAGUACACUUCGAUCCCACCACCAGCGUUCCACGGCACAUUUUGGUGACGAAUUGUGAUGCUGAAUCCCGAAGUUUCGAUUUAGAGGACCAAUCCAUCUUUUUCUUAAACUUGGGAAACUCUUGGAGAACCAAAUGCAUGAACGUGACCUUUGGACCGGAUAAAUAUGUUCACGACUCGGGCAGAGAUAUCAUGGUGGUUCAGGGUAUAUACUGGGUUGGUAAUCAUUGUUGAGAACCAGAUUAGUGGCAAAAGGUCGUCGAAACUAGAUGGUGAAUAAACAUGCUUUUAGUUUGAGUA